UAGAAGUGAAAUGUAACAUCUCGCUCGCGAAGUGAAACUUGUUGCCCGGGCAGCGCAUAAAGCGCAGCGUUAUAAUAAAGUGACGCAUCGUUUCAGGACAAAGAACACAGUGAUGGCGAACACUGUCGUGUCAUGUUAAUAAGACUGUCACUAGACUCGCUCUAAUGGCCUGAUGUCGCUCUGUUGUGCCUUUUGAUCUCGAUUGACUGACUGACAGCAGGAUGACGCGCGUGAUGUUUCUGGUGUCCGCGGUGGCUCUUCUCGUAUCGGCUCCGGCGCGCGCCUCUCAGGGGGAUAAAGAGCCGGUUUACCGGGACUGCAUCAAACUGUGUGUCCGGACGAACUGCACAGGGGCCCGACUGCGCGGGUUCCAGUCCACCCAGCCUCCGUACAUGGCGCUCACAGGAUGGACGUGUCGUGAUGACUGCAAGUAUCAGUGCAUGUGGACCACAGUGGGUCUUUACCAGGCCGAGGGUUACAGCGUACCACAGUUUCACGGGAAGUGGCCAUUUGCCCGUUUCCUGUGUUUUGAGGAGCCUGCGUCUGCUCUGGCGUCUCUGCUCAAUGGUCUGGCCUGUCUGCUGAUGCUGCUAAAAUACCGCAGUGCCGUCCCCCGUCAGAGCCCCAUGUACCACACCAUCACAGCCUUUUCACUGAUCUCUCUAAAUGCAUGGUUCUGGUCUACAGUGUUCCACACGAGAGACACCUAUCUAACAGAGAAGAUGGACUACUUCUGUGCAUCAGCUGUCAUUCUGUACUCGAUCUACUUGUGUUGUGUCAGGACGUUGGGUUUACGGAGGCCUGUGAUCUCCAGUAUGGUGGGAGUUCUGCUUAUUCUGGCCUUCACGUCUCAUGUCUCUUAUCUGACAUUUGUCAGGUUUGACUAUGGGUACAACAUGGCAGCCAAUGCCUCCAUAGGCAUUAUAAACCUGUUGUGGUGGCUGUGCUGGUGUUGGCAGAACCGGCGAAUCUUGCCGUACUGGUGGAAGUGUGGUAUGGUGGUGCUUUUACUGCACGUUCUCGCCCUGCUGGAGCUCCUGGAUUUCCCUCCACUCCUCUGGGUUCUGGACGCUCAUGCUGUCUGGCAUCUCAGCACCGCACCUGUCCAUUUUCUCUUCUACAGUUUUCUCAUAGAUGACAGCCUUCACCUCCUAAACACAGAGAAGCCUGGAGUGAAACUGGACUAGGAGGAGACCGUCUCAGAACCCCAACCCCUCCUCUGAUAUCCUUCCCAUCAGGACAAGUAGGAGUCGAACUGAGCCAGGUCUCAAUCACAGUGGCUCCCUGCAUGUGUCCCGGGACCGAAGUUUUAUGGGUUUGGAUUUCCUUCGUUUUGUUGUUUACAGUUUAUUUCCACCACGGACCAUUUUACUUUGCAUUGUACAGGAAGGUUAUCAUUUGGUCCAGUUCUAAGGAUAUGCCACUGUGCUGUUGUUGAAACUUGAUUGAUGUUUGCAUUCACUAAGCUUUGCCUUCUGUAGAUUCGAUUAAUAGAGUAAAUUAGCAUUUAUCAACACAUGUCUCUUUAAGAAUGGUGCAGGAACUAACACCAUCUUUAUUGAUGAGUAUCUUCACUUAAGUUGUUUGUCCUGCAUUUAUAUCCGUCAGGACCUGAAGUGUGAAUAUAUUUCAGAGAUAGAGGUAGAUUGGGUUUUAGUUUUUAAACAUUUGUUCUCCCAAAGUGUUUUGAACAUCCUUACUCAGGAGGGGUUAUGAAUGAGCAAUGUGCUGCUCAGUUUCUGAGACAUGUGGCUGUGACGUCACAACAGUGCAAUAACUGUAGCUACCAGCAGAGAGCGCACUGUUGAUGAGUUUAUAGAUUAUGGGAUAUAGAUUUGCUUUUCUUUUGUGUUCCCAGUCUAGACCUUUAAAGCAAUUGGAGGUUUUUUGUUGUUUCCCACAGUUGUAAAAUCACUUUUACAGUCAAAUUUGCUAAUCAUCCCUAUGCAUAAAGAAAUAGUUCACCCCCAAAUUUAAAAAAAAUCUUUAGUGUUUACUUAUUCCGUACCUGUAUUAUUUUUUUUCUUCUGCAGUUCAUAAAAGAAGAUAUUUUGAAGAAUGCUGGUAACCAAACAACAUUGACUCAUUUUGACUUCCAUUGUGUGGACAUAAAACUACUGAAACAUUUCUCCAAAUAUUUUCAUUUGUAUUUCACAGAAGAAACAGUAACAGGCUGUACAAAUUAUGAGCAAAUGAAUAAUCCAUGACAUUGUAUUAGGUAAACAAAUCCAUUAAGAAGCAAACAUGUAAAUGAUGCCAAAACUUAACUAUUUCAUGAAUCACUUUAGUGAGAAUAUGUCUACAGUCACUCACAGAGAGCAUAUUACAGUAUCGUGAUGGCAUGCAUGAUAUACAACAAAACGACUUUUGCUUUGACAGGUUUGACUGUAAACUUGAUUCCUCUGCUGCUUUUUUUUUAAUUUUCUGACACUUUACAUGUUAUAUCCCAUCACUUUGUGCUUUAUUUAUUGAAUUUGAUUUACAUGUUUCAACUAUCUUUCACCAAGAAUGCCUUUGCAAUGAAAGAGUUCUUGAUUCAAAAUCAGUUUGAAGGUAAUGAAAAAGGAUUUUGAAGGCUUAUCUGUUUGUUGCCGUGCAAUUUGAUUUCGUAGUUUAGAGCUGUUAUAAUCUAAAAGCAUAACUGAGAUUUUAUCCACAGCAGCCUCUUGUGUUCUGUCACUUCAUGCCUUGCUUUUGUUAUUUCUAGUUUUGCUCAUAUAAGGCAGCACUUCAUUGCUUGUAUUUGUAAACCAACCCUUCAGAUUAAUGAGAAAUAGAGCUACUUUCAUCUCUUUCACCGGCCCCAGACUCUCUGCCUUCUUUUGUCAUGUUUAAGGACUACUCACCUUUGUGGAUUCUACAUUUAUUGCCACCCUAGCCAAUAUAACAGUUGGUUGCAUGUCUUGUUACAGAUUGUCACUUAUCCACUUUAUGUAUGUAUGUAUGUAUGUGUGUGUGUUUCAGAAGAAGAGUGCCAGCGUGACAGGCCUGGGGGGUAAAUAUAGACAUUUAGAAAUGCUAAAAGCGGUAGAGGGGGGAGGGGACAUCAAGGGUGUCUGGAACAGUGAUGGCAGGGACCGCUGACCACACUCAACAAUACAUCUGUCCUUAGAGAGCCCUUUCACACAGUAUUUCUAAAGCCAAAAGGAAGUUCUACCACCAACAGUUUGUGAAUUUGCAAGUAUCUUCUGGUUUUAAUGCAGUUCCUUCUGUCACCAUUCCCUGUGGCAUGCAGUCAAUAAUCACAGUCAUUUUUACUUGUUAUAAAUCACAAAAACACAAAUGCUUGACAGUAAUCCACACUUAACGGAAAUCUUUUGGAAAUAUGAAUUACAUUGUAAACAUUGGGACAGGUUGUCAAUGGGGCAUUAUAACUUUUAACACGCAAUUUUCUUUACAGGGUUGAUAAUACUAUACGAGACAACGGUUCAUGCAAGAUAAUAUUUAAUAAAUUUAAUAAAGUGA